ACGUGCCAGAUACUAUUAUUGAGAGAGAAAAUUCAAAGAGAAAAAAAGUUAAAUAAAGUCAGAGAAAUUGGGAAUUUUUCAUUUUUUUUCAACAUUCUGAAAACAGAAACUAUUUUUGCUGUUUCACAUUUCACAAGUAAAAGAGAGAGAAGACUCAGAAAGCUCGAAAUUUUGGAAGAUCUUAUCUUUUUUAGAAAGAUUUUUGCUGAGAAUUUUUCGAAUUUUAUUGAUUUCUUUCUAUUUUUUGAAAUUUUAGUAUUUUUUCAGAGAAUUGAGUGAUUUUUGUUUCCUUCUUUGUGGAUUUAAUUUGAUAUGAUUAGAAGGAAGAUUACAAAUUGUUGCAGAUGUGACAAAAGAUAGAAAUUUUCAGGGAAAUUUCUGGGUUUUUUUGGGGGUCUUUUGAAUUUUUCAAUUGAUGAUGUCCUCCAACAACAAACCCAAGAAGCUCUUUCAAGUUUGGAGGGGCAAUAAUAAAUUUUUUUGUGGAGGAAGAUUAAUAUUUGGACCUGAUGUGGCAUCAAUGUUUUUGUCGAACCUCUUAAUUGCCGGGCCAGCAUUGGCAUUUUGUAUAAAGGUGUCUGUGAAGGCGAAAGACAACAGUAAAUGGUAUCCUGUAGCAGGAGUUGGACUAUUCCUAACCAUCUUGGAUUUAGUAUUUCUAUACAUGACAUCUGCAAGAGAUCCUGGAAUAGUCCCUAGAAAUUCGAGGCCCCCUGAAGUAGAGGAAGGAUCUGAUAUAACAAACCCUUCAAUGGAGUGGGUCAAUGGAAGACAUCCACAUUUAAGGAUACCUAGAGUGAAAAUUGUAGUAGUGAACGGUUACACUGUUAAGGUGAAGUUUUGUGAAACGUGCUUGCUUUAUCGUCCUCCACGUGCUUCUCAUUGCUCCAUUUGCAACAACUGCGUACAGCGGUUCGACCAUCACUGCCCCUGGGUUGGUCAGUGCAUCGGACUUCGAAACUAUCGUUUCUUCUACAUGUUCAUACUGACGGCAACAAUGUUGUGCCUAUAUGUGCAUAUAUUUUCUUGGAUUAGCCUAGUGCACCAACGAAGGGGUAUUUUGAAGGCUAUGACACACGAUAUCCUCUCUGUUUUCUUGAUUGUAUACUGCUUUAUAGCUAUCUGGUUCGUUGGAGGCCUAACGGUUUUCCAUUUCUACCUCAUCAGCACCAACCAGACAACUUAUGAGAAUUUUCGCUACCGUUAUGAUAAAAAGGAGAAUCCACAUAAUAAGGGGAUAUUCCGGAACUUUAGAGAAAUUUUUUUCUCACAAAUGCCCCCUUCGUUGAAUAAUUUCCGAGCAACUGUAUCUGAAGAAGACCAGUUACCAGAUGACCGGAUGCACGUGCACCCAUCUUUUAGAGUGGAUUUCAGCUCAAAGGAGAAAAUAGACAUUGAAGCGGGUGAUAAGCAACAAGAUGAUGAAGAUUAUUCACUUCCUAAAAUUUUACGGAAUUUAAGCUACGAUUAUAUGGAGGACAAUUUGAAAAAUAAGGACGGUGAAGACAGAACGAUUGCAGAUCCUUUUUUGGUUGAUGAAGAACCCAGAGUUUUUUUGCAUAAUUCCCUUGCUGAAGACGAGUUCAAUGAUGAAAAGCUCUAUCAAAGAAGUAGCUCUUUUGGUUCCGUGCUGCCAAGCAUACAAGAACCCAGACGUGUUCAUCGCCCAUCUGUAUAACAGGAUACUAAUGCGAGUAAUAUCAGUCAAGUGUUGAUCUUGUUCCGAACAUGAAAUAUCCGAUUAUUUUCUUGUGAAGUCCGAACAACAAAUGCACAUAAAAACAUCAAGACUUGGUGGUGAUAUGGUGGAGCAGAAAAUGAGCUCCAAACAACUCCUCCCCAUGUUACUUUUGCCUACAAGAUUUUUCUAGGGUUUGAAGAGCUGAAAAUUGACAGUUAUGCAUGAUUUUUAUAGGGUUGCUUCAACAAUAUACCAUUCUUUUCUGUCUCUCAAUUAUAUCCUUCUCGCAACUGUAAAUUAUUGCCAACUAGUUUUGACCCCUAUACAGUAUACAUGGUUUCCUCUUUUUCUUUUUAAA